AUGGUUAGAAUUAUUACUAGAAGAUCAAGUCACUUACAAAAAAGAAAUAGAGUUCAAUUAUGCAAUUUAAACCAAGUUCUUUAUGGUUCAUCAAAUUGUAGAAAAACAUCAAAUAAUAUGAAUAUUAGAAAAAAGGUUUUAAAAUCCAAAGAUAUUCCAAAAAUUAAAAAAGAGCCAAAUGUAACCACAUUAAUUCCUACUAAAAUUGCUAUCAUUACACGUUCAAGUAAAAUAAAUCCAAUUUUAAACAACUUUAAUUACAAUGUCAAAGAAGAACCACAAACAAAUAACUGCGGUGAUAAUAAUACAUCAUCGGUAUCCUCACAAAAGCCAAAACCAAAAUCAAAGCCAAUCAUCACCAAAAUCUCUAUUGUAACACGUUCAAAUAUUAAAAAAAAUAGAGAAUUUAUUAAAAACUAUAAUAAAUUAUUUAAAAUAUAA